CCUACAGUCCAUCAACUUCUUUCACUCUUUCGGCUAUAACCUCUCUGUUAUCUGUCCUCAAUGUCCCUUUUCACACAACUUAGUUAUUUAUCAUUCGCUUAUUGGAGUUUACGGGCUUAUUAUUCGCUCUUCCUCCGAGUAUAUCGCGUUUUCUUCACGUCUGACAAAUUCUUAGAUCUUAAUAAAUUCGGAAAAUGGUGUAUGGUAACCGGUUGCACUCAGGGCUUGGGAAAAUCAUUCCUAGGGUCGUUAGCAGAACGCAACUUCUCCCUUAUUCUUGUCGGACCAAUCACAGAAGGCUUGGGCGACCUUGCCAGUGAUCUUGAGUUACUCUACAAUGUCGAGACGAAGGUCAUUGAUCUCGACAUGACCUCUAGACAAGUUGACUAUCAGAAACUCGAGAAAGAAAUCGAGGGACUCGAAAUUGGAAUAUUAAUCAAUAACUUUAGUGUUAAUUAUGGAUAUCCUGAAUAUUUUCUUGAGGUCAAGGAUUCUCAGGAAGUGUUCAAUGAUAUCAUUUGGAGCAAUGUUGUCCUCGUGACACAAAUGUGCCGGAUCGUAAUGCCACAGAUGGUGGAGAGGAAGAAGGGAGUUGUCAUCAACAUCUCGUCGACCUUCGCUCUAGUACCGAGUCCACUUAUGAGUGUUUUUGCAGCUUCAAAAGCUUUCGUGUUAAAGUUCAGCAAAGAUUUGAGUGUCGAGUAUGGUAAGAAGGGGAUCAUUGUACAGUGCUUAUGCCCGGGAAGCAUUGCCAAUGAUGAAGAGAGGUGGAUUUCACCAAAUUCCAAGGUAUAUGUUGAAAGUGCUCUGACGACAAUUGGGAAGGACUCAAUCACUACUGGAUUCUUCCCCCACACACUUGUUAUUGGGCUAAUCCGAGUACUCUGGCGCUUGUCACCGGAUACCCUGAUCGAAUGGAUGACCGCAAUAAUGGAACGAAAUCGCAGACGAGAACUGAGCAAAACAGUUUAUUAAUCAAUUAUCUUUUCCCUCGUUGUAAAAAAUUUUCGGCUUCUUUUCCUGAUAACUCCUUCCCCCACAUAUCUGCGCGUUAUUAAUGAUUUUCUAGGUUAUACUAGGAAACGCAUAUGUAAUUUUGAAUGACAACUUUAGAAGAACUCACUGACAAUCAAUGAAAAUGAUUUACUCACCGUUGAUUCUGCCGAAAAUGAAAAAACUCUGACGAAGCAAAGCACAAUCGUCGACGCAAACUUUGAUUUCCGACUACUGUUUUUGAGACUAUCGACGAAAACUGUCGGAACACAGCUGCAGUCAGACUCAUAACUAAAUGACUCAAAUUAUUUCAAAAAUUUCUGAAAAAAUUAACAAUUUAUUAAAUUACUGCUAGAUUUUACUAUACAUAUGUUUUCCCAACUGUUUUAUAAAUUUUCGUCAUUGUAAUAUGAGGUUGUAUAAAAAUUAAUCAUCAAAAAU